UAAAGCAGCCACAUGCAGUCGGGCAGCGGCCACAAUCACGGCUGGCGGCGGCGGAGGAGGGCGAGCCGGCUGCUGGCUGGCCCGGGCAAUCAGUGCGGAGCCUCGCCCGCCCACCCCCGCGCCGCGUCCCGGCCCGGCCCCCCGCCAGGGGAGCGGGGGGCUUAGCGGCGGGCGAAGAUGGCUGGGGCUAUCAUCGAGAACAUGAGCACCAAAAAGCUGUGCAUCGUCGGGGGGAUCCUGCUGGUUUUUCAAGUCAUCGCCUUCCUGGUGGGAGGUCUGAUCGCUCCCAGCCCCACUACAGCUGUUCCUUACACAUCCAUGAAGUGCAUUGAUGUAAGAAAAAACCACCACAAAACCAAGUGGCUGGUGCCCUGGGGAGCCAACUACUGUGAGAAGCUCAAAGACUUUGAUGAGGCAAUGAGCAGGCAGAUCGAGGCCAAUGAUAUCGUGUUUGCAGUGCACGUUCCCCACCCUGGCAAGGAGAUGAGCCCCUGGUUCCAGUUCAUGCUUUUCAUCAUGCAGCUGGACAUUGCCUUCAAGAUGGACAACGACCUAAAAGAAAACGCAGAAAUUACGCUGGAUGUGUCGUUGGCGUAUCGUGAUGACGAGCUGGAUGAGUGGGAAGAGAUAGCACGUGCAAUAGAGAUCAGGAAGCUGAAAUGCACCUUUGGCUCACCAAAAACCCUGGAGUCAGAAGGCCGCCACUACGACUGCGACUUCCUUCCCUUCAUGGAGAUUGGCAGUGUGGCUCACAAGUACUACCUCAUCAACAUCCGCCUGCCCGUCAACGAGAGGAAGGGCAUUAACGUGGGCAUCGGGGAGAUCAAGGAUAUCCGCCUUGUGGGCAUCCAUCAAAACGGAGGCUUUACAAAAGUGUGGUUUGCCAUGAAGACCUUCCUCACCCCCAGCAUUCUAAUUAUCAUGGUCUGGUACUGGAGACGGAUCAUGCUGAUGACACGCGCUCCUGUCCUACUGGAGAAGGUCAUCUUUGCUCUGGGAAUUUCCAUGACGUUCAUUAACAUCCCAGUGGAGUGGUUUUCCAUCGGGUUUGACUGGACCUGGAUGUUGCUCUUUGGAGACAUUCGACAAGGCAUUUUCUAUGCCAUGCUUCUGUCGUUUUGGAUCAUCUUCUGUGGAGAGCACAUGAUGGACCAGAACGAGCGGAAUCGUCUCUCGGGGUACUGGAAGCAGGUUGGACCCAUAGCUGUUGGCUCCUUCUGCCUCUUUGUCUUCGACAUGUGUGAGAGGGGAGUGCAGCUGAAGAACCCCUUCUACAGCAUCUGGACCACUGAAGUUGGCACAGAGCUGGCCAUGGCCUUCAUUAUAGUUGCAGGAAUCUGCUUGUGCCUCUAUUUUCUCUUCCUGUGUUUUAUGGUCUUCCAAGUGUUCAGAAACAUCAGCGGGAAGCGCUCCAGCCUCCCAGCCAUGAGCAAGGCUCGGCGCCUGCAUUACAAGGGGCUGAUUUUUAGGUUCAAGUUCCUGAUGCUCAUUACCCUGGCUUGUGCAGCCAUGACAGUCAUCUUCUUCAUCGUGAGCCAGGUGACUGAAGGCCACUGGAAGUGGGGAGACAUCACGAUCCAGUUGAACAGCGCCUUCUUCACCGGCAUCUACGGCAUGUGGAACCUCUACGUCUUCGCCCUGAUGUUCCUGUAUGCACCAUCCCACAAGAACUACGGUGAUGAGCAGUCCACCAGUGACCUGGGAGCAAACAGUGGGGAAGAGCUUCAGCUCACCACCACCAUCACCCACGUGGAUGGACCCACAGAGGUGUAUAAACUGUCUCGCAAGGAGGCUCAGGAGUGACACUGAGAGGUGGCCUCAGCUGGGACCCAGAGCGUGGGGAGUGCAGAGGACAACACAAGGGCAAGAGCUCUCUGACCUGCCUCGCUUCUCCAGGACCCUGUACCCAGCGUGGUCUCACAGAGCAGUGGCACCGAGCAGAACAUUUGUAAACUCUUUAAUAUGGUGUAGUUCUUUCUGGGGGGAGGGAUCUGUAUAUUGUGUUACACUCCAGCAUGUAAAAACCUGCUAGAAAGCAUUAAGGUUGCAAAGUCGGGCGCUCAGGCGUUGGGAAGGGGCAGCACUGGCGUUGGGCUGCUGUGUUCUGGCUGACAUAUGCUUGUGCGUGAAGGUGGUGGGAGCUCAGUCAGGGAGCACGUGUUCUGUGCCACCAGUUUGAUUCUUGUGUGUAACUUCAAACACAGUGUUUGGUAGAGGGGGGAGCUAAAGCCUCAUUGCAAAAAAACCCAUUGAAUUCUACCAUCUGUAAUUGCUUGAGGUCUUCAGUACAGCCCUGAAACUCCACAGCAAACCUCUGACCCUUGAACAAACCCGUUGGGGAAGGGAGCAGACUCCAAGCAGCAACACACUUUCUCAGUAGGUUUUGCGGGUGUUCAAGGACAGAGGAGUGUAAACCUGGAUGCCUGAGCUGGGUCUCAGUGCAAAGGAGGACUCCCUUCCUAUUUCCCAGAGCCAGCUCUCGUAUUCUCGGCCCCUUUGGCUUCCCUUGCUUUUUGUUGUCUUCGUCCACUGUACCUUUUUGUUACAGCUCAUUAGUUUCUCUGCUCCUUAUGUGCCAUGGGGAGGAGAGAAGGGCCACAGAAGGGAUGGUGUGUUCUUGGCUCCUAUGCCUUUGAGCUGGGCAGAGGACCUCAGGCAGUCCCACUCCUCCUUGCACUGCCAGGCUGGAGCACACUCGGCAGAGCUGAAUCCUUCCAGGGCUUCUUAGACUUGAAAACAAUCUGCUUGUCAUGCACUAAGGUGGGGGUUUGCUUUGAGGCUGAGGUCUCUCUGCCCCAUGCUGUGCCCAGGGUGUCUACCUGUGAGGCUGCUUGGCAGUAUGAGGGGAAGGGAAACUGCUCUGGGGUGGAGGCAUCAACUGGGCUGAGCUGGAGACCGGCUGGGAGAAGGGUUAAUGGUGUGGCCAAAAGGAUCUGUGUUGCUCAGGGCCCACCUUCUUCCAUGGCCUAGAGGAUCCAGGGGACCUCACCUGGCACUACUAAAUGUUUGUAUUAGCUGCUAGUAACACGUAACUUGACCUCCCCAGCUCAGUUUUGUUCCUAAAAGAUAAGAAAUCUGCUGCUGCUGUCUGGUCAGAUUGAGAGAGAGGAGAAGCCUCUAAAGUGGCUGAUGGGUGACCAUCGAGGGUACCAGUAGAAACACGGCACUGGAAAAGGUGACAGGUUGGAUCUUUAAAGCUCAGUGAUUCCCACCCCAGGAGGCAGCUCCUGCUCAGUGAUGCCCAUCCCUGGCUGCCCACACAGCUGCCCCGCUGUUGGCAUGGGCUGCAGCACCGAGGGGUGGCUGCUCAGUCCAGCUCUGCCCAUCCCUGUCACUGUUUCAAGCACGUUUGUAAGUUUGAUGGGUUUCUUUCUGUAAAGCAGGAUGGCAGUGCCCAUGUACUGAAAGGAAAUGUGGUUUAAAAGGGGAAAAAAGUAGAAAAAGGAGGGGUCACAGUGCAUGUGGAAUAAGUGCAGGGCCCACACCUUCAACACAGCCAGCAGCUGGGACUUGUGAGGAGCUUACAUAAGGAAAGCAAGUGCUGCUGGGUCCAAGCAAUGGUCCUGCUGCUGUGGUUCAGCGGCAGUGUGAGUUGAAUUGGUGCCCGUGGCCGUGUGCCUGGCUGAGCUCUCCCCUUUGCAGCUUUAACAGCCUCUUUCUCUUGGGUUCUUACAUGGUAUUUAUGUUGUUCUGAUAGACGUGUCCGUGGUUUCUCUUACGGCUUAGGGUAGCGUUGCGUUGUGUAAAGGCUCCUCACAGACGGGCAGCUGCAGCUUUAAAACCAAAUCUCGUGUCCAACACUAACAGUGUGUUCAUGGGGCGUGUGGAUGUGUGUGUGGGAGGUUUUUUAUUUCUUGAUUCCUCAGCCCUACUUACGUGUCUCAGAAGUAGUCCCUGGGUCUUAUUAAAGCAUAUCCUUUUUUGUUUAGGUUGAGUCUGGUUUUUACAGAGUGCUUUAGGCCACCUGGAAAACGAGUAGUUUUGUUAAUUUAAAUAAAAUAUACAGUAUUGUGGA